UGGGCGGGCGGGGAGGAGGGGACGGGCCGGAGGAGGAGGAGGAAGCGGAGGCGGCCGCGGAUAGCGGGCAAAUGGGGAGCUGAGCGGCUGCAGCAGUACCGCGCAGCAGCAGCAGCACCAGCAGCGGGAGCAGCCGGCGGCGGCCGUUGCUCCGUAGACGCCGAGCGCCAACUGCAGCCGGGCUGCCCCGGGCCGAUCCGCCCCGCGAGCGGGCGCCCGCCGCCUCCCGGAGAGGCACCAUGCAGACCUUCCUCAAGGGGAAGCGGGUGGGCUACUGGCUGAGCGAGAAGAAGAUCAGGAAGCUCAAUUUCCAGGCCUUCGCCGAGCUGUGCCGGAAAAGAGGAGUAGAAGUAGUACAGCUUGACCUCACCAAACCCAUUGAGGACCAGGGCCCUUUGGAUGUGAUCAUACAUAAACUGACAGAUGUCAUCCUCGAAGCAGACCAGAAUGACAGCCAGUCACUGGAGUUGGUACAGAGGUUCCAGGAGUAUAUUGAUGCUCAUCCAGAAACCAUUAUCCUGGACCCUCUUCCAGCUAUUCGUACACUUCUGGACCGAUCCAAGUCUUAUGAGCUCAUUCGACAAAUAGAGGCAUACAUGCAAGAUGAGAGGAUCUGUUCACCACCCUUUAUGGAGCUGACAAGUGCCUGUGGAGAAGAUACCUUGCAGCUUAUAGAGAAGAAUGGACUGGCAUUCCCAUUCAUUUGUAAAACCAGAGUGGCCCAUGGAACCAAUUCUCAUGAGAUGGCGAUCAUCUUCAACCAGGAGGGUCUGAAAGCUGUCCGCCCCCCUUGCGUCAUUCAGAGCUUCAUCAACCACAAUGCUGUCCUGUAUAAAGUGUUUGUAGUUGGGGAAUCCUACACAGUGGUGAAAAGACCAUCUUUAAAGAACUUCUCUGCUGGAAUCUCAGACAGAGAAUCGAUAUUCUUCAACAGCCACAAUGUCUCAAAGCCAGAAUCAUCAUCUGUCUUAACAGCGCUGGAUAAAAUCGAAGGAGUAUUUGAGCGGCCAGAUGAUGACGUCAUCCGGGAAAUCUCUAAGGCGCUGCGGCAAGCUCUGGGAGUUUCCCUCUUUGGAAUCGAUAUCAUCAUCAACAAUCAGACCGGGCAGCAUGCAGUCAUUGAUAUAAAUGCAUUCCCAGGUUAUGAGGGCGUUUCCGAGUUUUUCACAGAUCUCCUGAACCACAUAGCUGCUGUCCUGCAGGGUCAGGCACCUGAGGUGACCCAGCUAAACCGUAGCAAGCUCCUGGCUGAGCAGACCGGCGGGAUCAUGGACGAGCGGAUAUGCUGUGCGAGCACAGGCUGUCUCAGCGUCAUGGGAAAAGACUCCUCCUGGAUUGUGGAGAGCGAGACCAACAGCUCAGUAAAACUGCAACACCAGAGACUAGGCUGCAACUCAGCAGUGUCCCCCAGCUUCCAGCAGCACUGCGUCGCCACGUUGGCCACAAAAGCUUCCUCCCAGUAACUUGCCAAUGCCAUGGACUGAGGAAAAAGCCGCAGGGAUACAAAUUGUGGUCCCAGAAUCAGAUCAGGCUGUAAUAGUACAAUUGCAAAAAACAAAAAAAAAAAACAC